GGCGAUGACGCCCCUCGUGCCGUGUUCCCGUCCAUCGUCGGACGUCCCAGACACCAGGGCGUCAUGGUCGGUAUGGGACAGAAGGACUCGUAUGUCGGUGACGAGGCGCAGUCCAAACGUGGUAUCCUGACGCUCAAGUACCCCAUCGAGCACGGCAUUGUGACCAACUGGGACGACAUGGAGAAGAUCUGGCAUCACACCUUCUACAACGAGCUGCGUGUCGCGCCGGAGGAGCACCCUGUGCUGUUGACCGAAGCACCCCUGAACCCCAAGGCGAACAGGGAGAAGAUGACGCAGAUCAUGUUCGAGACAUUCAACGCGCCUGCGUUCUACGUGUCGAUCCAGGCUGUGUUGUCGCUGUACGCAUCUGGUCGGACGACCGGUAUCGUGCUCGACUCUGGUGACGGUGUGUCGCACACGGUGCCGAUCUACGAGGGAUUCUCGCUCCCGCACGCGAUCCUGCGUCUCGAUCUUGCUGGGCGUGAUCUGACCGACUUUUUGAUCAAGAACUUGACUGAGCGCGGAUACCCGUUCACGACGACUGCGGAGCGUGAAAUUGUGCGGGACAUCAAGGAGAAGCUGUGCUACGUUGCGCUCGACUUUGAGCAGGAGCUGCACACUGCGGCGCAGUCAUCUGCUCUGGAAAAGAGCUACGAGCUCCCUGACGGACAGGUGAUCACGAUUGGUCCUGAGCGAUUCCGUGCUCCGGAGGCUCUGUUCCAGCCUUCGCUUAUCGGUCUUGAAGCUGCCGGAAUCCACGAGACGACCUUCAACUCGAUCUUCAAGUGCGAUCUCGACAUCCGUCGGGAUCUGUACGGCAACGUUGUGCUGUCUGGUGGAACGACGAUGUUCCCGGGUAUUGCCGACCGUAUGCAGAAAGAGCUGACGUCGCUUUCGCCCGCGAGCAUGAAGGUGAAGAUCGUUGCGCCUCCGGAGCGGAAGUACUCUGUGUGGAUCGGUGGAUCGAUUCUGUCGUCGCUGAGCACGUUCCAAAACCUGUGGUGCUCGAAGCAAGAGUACGACGAGUCUGGCCCUGGUAUCGUUCACCGCAAGUGCUUCUAAUGCACCAAUGUAGUCUUAGUCUAGGAUCAGAAAUUUUGGCACUAAUCGAUUUACCCUUUUGUCAUCAAAAGAAUGCCCUGUUUGUCUUUUCAGAUGCAUACAGACCACAAAUCCGACUGCAACGAUCGCAGCCGCGAUAUCAUCCAG